AUGACUUUGCCGCAAUUUUUAUUUGGGGCGCCCUCCAUGAACCAUGCUGCCUCGUUCCUGAGUCUGCCGCCUUACAAAGAGGGGGUCAGUUAUACGAGUAAGUGGAGUUUGAAGUUAACUGAUUUUUAAAUCGAAUUUCAGCAAAUUUUAUAAAAUUUCAGGUGAAAAUUUUGAAAAUAAUCUCUUUUUUCUAAUAAAAAAUCAAAAAUUUCUUUCUCAAAAUGAAAUAUCAACGCAUGUAUCAGUCAAAAAGUGGGAUGGGAACAUUAACUCGAAAUUUCAGCGAAACAUUUUAUCAUAAAUGACACAAACCAUCAAUGAGUGUCAUGGAUAAUAUAAAUCAUCUCAUACCAUACCGCCCAAAAAUUUUUAAAAUCCUUCUAAUCAAUUUUUCAGGCCUUUACAGUGUUCUCUGCCAUUUUAUACGAUUUAUUUUUUCAGAACGCGUCCCCAAUUGCCAGAAAUGCGGCCAGCACGGCCGAAAGUCGCGGCUGAAGGGCCACAAGCGGGUCUGCCCGUUCAAGGACUGCAACUGCCCGAAAUGUCAAGUAGUCAGCGAAAGACAGAAGCUGAUGGCCGACCAGAUAAAGAUCCGUCGCCGACAGCGCAAGGAUACGUUGAUGAACUUGACCAGAGAGAAGAUUACGGCCACGUUGAAUGCAGCUGCAGCUGUUGCUGCGGUUCCAGUGCCGGGAUUCCCGCAACUGAGUGCGCUGUGUAAGUUGGGGCAAAAGUUUUUGGGCGAGAAACAAACAUUGGGUGAAUCUGCGGUUGAACCUGUUAGCUGUGUUAAUUUUGAUUUUUUUGCCGAUAGAACUAUUUGUCAUGCUUUUGUUGGGUCACACAUGGCUUUAAUAAAAUCUUUACUCCAUUUAAGCUCCCGUAUUUUACGUUUUCCUUACUUUCUGGCUCUAUUUUAUAUAAAACAAAAUUCCCUGUCCAUUCCGGUUACUUUCCAAAUGUAUUGUGUUUCAUUGCCCUCAAAAUUUUAACCGACCCAUAAACCUUUCUACAAUACUCCGUCCUAAACUCCGUUGUUCCAUUCUAAUAACUGAUAUCAAUUCAUAAAACGCCAAACAAUUUUCACCGUCACUUUUGUAUACAUAGGACAAGUUUUCAAGCACCCUUUGGUUACUUCCUACCGUACCCGCCUCUCAUGAAUGAAUGUAGAGCCGAUAUUAAAGGGGUGCUUGUUUUGCCUGCAGAUUGUUGUACUUUCAUGUUUUUACAAUGUCUGUGUGACACGCAGCAGCCGGAAUUGGUCUCUAUUUUGACGCAAAAGGGCGGGGAAAGUGCAGAUUCGCGGGGUGGAAACAUUCGGAUCGAAAUUAAGGUGUUUACUGUCUGGCCCCGUGAAAGGCGCACUAAUUAUAAAAUUUUUAAGCUGCUGGCGGACCAUUAAGAGAUUCUGUGCUGAGGGAAUAAUUUGGGAACAAACAAGGGGAAGUGAACGCAUUUAACGCAAAGAACAAUGACGAUUAACCUGUUAUUUACGGUUUACAGAUGGUUAUUUUACCUUUUUCAGACUCCGCCGCCGCCACUGGCAGUGUCAACAACCACUCCGCCUUCUCUCAACCUCGCGCCAGCCUUCCCACUUCAACUCUGGCCCACAUGGGCAUGUCUGGACUGGACAUGGCCUCCUUCCACGGUCAUGACGGCCGCGCAUCUCCGAUGAGCAUUCACAGUCUGGCUACGGUGUCUUCGGCGUCUCCGCAGACGAGCACAAUCAUGUCACCACCCUCCUUCAACCUGAUCCCUUCUCACGCCAGUUCUCCGGUGCUCUCAUCGACCUCUUCCACCGACCUAACACCGCCCCAUUCGGCCGGCCUUGCCGCUCCGAUCCCAAUCAACUCCAUGCCGAUGAACACCCCAAUCAGCUCGAAUGGAGGGUUGCUGGACAAUCAGCAACUUCUCCAGCUCCUCCUCUUAUGUCAACAGGGCCCGCAGCAGUCGGCGGGGCUGGCGCAGCAGCCAGCAAGUUUACCGCAAACAACCCUUCCUCAACCAAUCGUUUCGACCCCAACUUCUCCAACAAACAUGAUUGAUAUGCAAGAGCAGUUGCAAAAAUUGCUGGCAAUGGCGGCAAUGAAUCAGACGAACCUCGGACACGGAGCACAGCCGGUCCAACAGCUGAGUCCUCCACCAGAGGAUCUGAAGAAGUUCAUUGGAGACAACAUUGAAAUGGUUUCGGAUAAGCAUUCAUCGUCGGAAGGUGGUGAAGACGAGGAGGCCAACGAUGACGUUGAUGUGGUCUAA